AUGAGUGGUAUCAAAGACGAACAAACCAAUUUUGAUGAUGAUGUCAAACUGUUAAAUACCGAUGAGAGAAUCAUUUUAAACGUUGGUGGUGUAAAGUAUGAAACAUAUCGUUCUACUUUAACUGCUUAUCCCUAUACUCUCCUUGGCACGAUGUUUCAACCACGUAAUCAACCAUUACUUCAUCCAACCAAUGGAAAUGAAUAUUUUUUUGAUCGUAAUGGAAAAAUAUUUCAUUAUGUCAUGGAAUAUUAUCGCACCGGUCAAAUCUUAUGGCGUCCACCGUCGUCUGAACCACCUG